AUGCGUGAUGGCUGGCUGGCCACUGGUAGAGCAAAGUCGUUCGGCAGACUUCGACUCGUUCUUAUAUCCUGCUCAAUUGCUGCCAAUGCGAUAUGCGCUGGAGGGAUCUACACCUUCCCACUUAUCUCGCCCGCUCUCAUGGCGCGGAUGCACUUGACGCAGCCGCAAUUGAGCACUAUCAUGCUAGCGGCAAUGGUUGGGCAAUACGCUAUGGCGGUCCCUGCCGGUAAAGUCCUCGAUCGUUACGGGCCGCGAGUGUGCUCGCUGCUAGCAUCCGUCAUAUUCGCAUUCGGAUAUGGCAUGUUCGCUCGCCAAUUUGCUUUGACACCCGAAGGAGCGUCCGUAGGAUCGGCUUCGGCAAUUCCCCAGCUCACUGUCUGUUUCGGUGUCCUUGGUAUCGCGAUCAUCUUGUCAUACCUCUCAAUGCUCUUUGCCGCAACUAGGACGUUUCCUCAGUUCAUGGGAUUUGCAUCAGGGACGAGUCUGGCGAUCUUCGGCUUGUCACCAUUGUUCUUGUCCUGGAUCGCCACCGAAUUCUUCACGCCUACCGACGGCGUUCUGGAUGUAACUCGCUUCUUCACCUUCAUGGCCCUACUAACAGGCGUUGUGAACUUCCUGGGAGCUCUGAUUCUGCCCGGUCCAGCUGCCGCAGAUAUGCCAGUCGCACCGACGUCCGAGGCAACCGCAAUGGCACACGAUCCAGACGAGGAUGCAGAAGCACAUGAAGAGACCUCUCUACUGACGUCGUCCGUACAGUCUCUCACGGGGCUUGAUGCCUUGUGCGCCGAUCAGCCCGAGCACCUCUCCGCAAUGGAGCUGCUGAAGAACCCGUAUUUUGGUUGUUCUCUUCGUCCAUCUCAUUGGUUGUCGGCAGAGAUGAUCAAGUCCAACAUAGGCAUGAUAGUGCUGUCUCUUCCCACCACGUCCCACACAGAGAAUAUAUCCACGCAGGUCCAGCUCAUCGCGAUAUCUGACACCCUGGCACGGCUCCUCCUUGGGCCCUUUGCGGACAUCAUAUCCCCUGUCCCUACUUACUCCGCCAAUGGCGUCUGGGCUUUCCCUCGCAAACCAUACGUGACACGAAUAAUGUUCAUGGCCGGCGCUGCCUCGUUAUUCACGAUCGCCUUUAUAUGGCCGAUUAUUGGCGUGCGGUCGCAAGAGGCCCUCUGGCCUCUGAGUGUCGGUACUGGGAUUGUAAACGGCGCUAUAUUCACCACGCUUCCGAGCAUCUUGUCGUCGAUAUGGGGAGCACCAAACCAGGGGCGUAACUUCGGUUUCGUCUCCUACACAUGCUUCUUCGGCACGGCCACUUUCUCCUACCUAUACGCAUUCGUCGCCGACAGCCAUACAGCGCCAGGAGAAGGUGUCUGUCACGGCGUCCAGUGUUGGGAGACUACCUUCUGGUUGAGUUCUGCCGCUUCGUUGCUUGCUACAGGCUUCGCCGCCGUGCUCUGGCGGAAGUGGAACUCGAGAGUAUGAUGGAUUUUUAGAUCUUGUCGAUUGCUUUGCGCAUGUGUAACAUUAGUUGCUUUACUCGUAGACAUCCUGGCUAUUCGGUUUUCUG